AUGAAUAUUCAAGUUGAACUAUUUGAUACGUCGCUUAGCUUGAUAUCCAUUCCACUUGCAUGCUAUCCCCAGUUUUGCCAAGGAAUUCUGAGAUUAGCACUUGGAACUUGGAAAGCUGAGUUGAGAAAGCAAAAGGAACGGGAUGAUGAGCUUAGGAAUGGAAGUGGUAGCUGGACCGGUCUUCAGAAUGAUGGCUUUAGCACUCCUCCGAGCCCAUCAGUAUCAGAGAGUAACGCACAAAAACGGCUGUCCCUGCAUCACGUUGAGGAUAAUUCAAAUGUUUCCACGCCAAUAUCGAGCUUACCGCCAAGUCAAGAUAUCGAGGAGCUCUGCGACCUCCUAGAGGACUUUAUAAAUAUAUCAUUUACGCCUAUUGAGUGCUCUGUCAUUUGUCCAACUCAACUAGUAAAGCUUUUAUUUGGGGAUACUUUAUCAAGUGUCGGUAAACCUUUGAAUGUGCAAGUUAUCAAGGAUGAGUAUGUUGCCAUUAAAGUGGACUGCGAUGGACAGGACACGGGAUCAAGCGUAUUGACUAUUAGUUAUCCACUAUCAUCUGCAGGGAUCCCGAUAUUUUUUAUCGCUACUUAUUUCUCAGACUAUGUACUGGUGCCGGUUCGUGAAAGGCAUCGAGUAAUAAAGACGCUGGAAUCUCAGAAUUUUAUAUUCUCUGAUAUUUCUAAUUCGUACAUUUCAAUAUCCGACGAGAGUUCUCCAGCAUUAAAAGCAUAUGGAGAAAACACGACAGUUGACAGUAGCUCUGAAGACUCGAAAAAUUCUCUAAAGGAGAAGACUUUAGAGCUAUUCCAGACCUAUAAUGUAGCUCCAUUAGUGGAUGCAUCUACAAAAUUACUGUUGACAGGUGCGCGUGCUGGUGUACUUGCAAAGGGAAAUAGAGAAAGUAACGACGUCUAUUUAUCCAUUGUGAGAAUUUUGCUAUCUCCACCGAAUUUCUUUUCCCUGACUAUUAUUUCAGGAUCCGAAAUAUCAUUUUUGGUUGAUAGUGAUACAGCUUCACUCUUUCCUUCACAUUUACUCCUUGGUUCACCCACGGAUUUUGUACAGCCUGUUUCAUUUGACUUGCGCAAGUUGCCAGAGGAUUCUACUGGUAUUGUUUCUGGUCUGGCAAGCAUAUUUUCUGAUUCUGCGCAAGAGACGGAAAUGGUUCACAUAAGAUAUUUGUCUACCGCGUUAACAAGUGUCGUGCUUGUGAGUGAAGAUGAUUUUGAGAAUGCUCAAAAAUCGCUCGAGAGAGCCAAUCCAUAA